UUCAGCAGCUCGUGCAGCAGCAGUCAGUCGCAGCGACUCGACCUCUGCAGCACACGUGCGGAUUCCAACGGAAAAACAAAAACGGACUUUUAUUUUGACAUCUGACAGACGGCGAACCCGUGCAGGUGAUGUGUAUGUGUGGGAGACCCCGUAGUGUUGUGUAGUCGGAGCAGGCCGGAGAGCAGCAGCCGAAGUCCGCAGAGAAAAACGGCUGUUUUUGUCCUUCUCACGUCUCCCUGUGGAUUUUAUCCGUUUAUUUGUAUUUACCGGGACUUGUAUCGCCUGUUGUGUUUUCUUGGACUCUCUCCGGUUGGAUUUAAUCCGGACUCAUCCUCUCUGACACCCAGCUGCUUUCAUUCAACCGUCUCAACUUCGACAUUUCCGCAUUUUUUGACGUCUGAUGCUCCGUCUACCCGGCAGCUCCUCUUGCUCAGUGUCUCCAUGGUGAAGUGGGCGGGGUCUGAUGUCAGCCCCUCCUCUUUACAACCUUCCCACCAUGCCCACCAUGGUUUCUAGGCUGCCCAAGUUCGGCUCGCGGCCUAAAUCCGCCGCAAAUUCCAAUGGAGCUCAGACGGGACCGGCUGCCACCCCAAGCACCGCCGCCUUCACCAGCACCGCCGCCGCCACCAGCACCCGCCUCACCAACGGGUUCUACCACCACCCCGGCCCCGCAGGGGUCAAUGGUACUUUAACCGCAUCUCCAACUGCUGUCAAGCAGAACGGAUUCAUCAGAGUGCCAACUUCGUUUUCCAUGAAAUGGAGGAAAGAAAGUGAGACGUUGGAGGACGGGAAGGGCGGGAAUUGCUCUGGUAACAGUCAGUAUAAUUCCCAACGGCAGCAGGCAUCACCAGUGCCAUCACAGCGCGACACCAAGAAGCCAGCACCUACUUCUGCAGGAAAGGGGCGUGGUUUUGGCCAUCCUGUGACAUCGUCAUCAUCGCCGUCGCCACAGUCCAGCCCCAGAGCACUUCCUGUCUCUAAGAGUGGAUCUCAAGGCUCGAGCCAAACUGCAUCCGGGUUAAUCAACGGAGCAAAACUGGCCCUGAAUGGUCUUUCUGGAUCUAAACCACGAAUCAGUGGUUCUCUGAGACCGCCUCAGAGCUUUGUUUCUUCCAGGCCCGGUUCUGGUCCUGGUUCUCGAUCUGGUUCCCCUCUACAAAAGAAAACGCAAGCCAGCCGCUCCCACUCCACCGACAGCCUCGGGUCCGCUCCGUCUGUCCCGCUGACUGAAAGUGAUCGUUUUCGGUCACGCAGCCUCACCCAGGUGAGAGGGCAGCCCUCCCCCAACCUCUCCCCUUCUUCAGCCUCCUCCUCCUCCCUCUCUCGCAACCCUGCCACCUCCCGCUCCUAUGGCAUCAACAGGGCCGGUGGGCGAGCUUCCUCUGCUCAGGCUACGCCCAAAAUGGCAAAAUCUCCUGUUAGUCAGACUCCUGAGGGAGGGGGCAAAGGUGGAGGGGUCAAAGUUCAAAGUUCAGGAAGAUCAGGUGCCAGCAUCCCAUCCCUCCUGCUCCCCUCUGCCUUAAAGAAGCCCCUCCUACCCAGCAUUGGCUCCGCCUCUAAGCCCAGUGGCAUCAGCUAUAAGCUGUCACGCCCGUCACUCAACAAGCAGUCCCGCCCCCUGCGAGUGACCCCAGCCAAUGAGGCGGAAGGAGACCCUGAAGGACCGACAGCACGGAGGAACUCCGUAGAAACGCUCUCGACUACAGAGAACAGCCCAGAAAGUACCCCAGAGGCUCCAGAGACAGAGGGGCUGAUGACAGAGCCGGCAUCCCUGGCAGAGGUGUCGAUUGUGGGGGAGACGCUUGAGGACAUGUCCCUGUCCUCUAACUCGUCUCUGGAUAGAAAUGACACCAGUCAGGAGUACAUGGACGACUUUGACAACCUCGGAAACGGAGGGGUGGGCAUUCUGCUUCUUCCCUCUAAAGACGACGAAGACGACUCAGGGCUUGACCAGUCAUGUGCCAGGUUUGAUGAAAACAAGGUGGCAGUCAACGGCAAGGCGGCAGGACUGUGUUUUCUGGAUGACGGUAUAGACUGGACCGGCAUGAGGCUCAGUGGUGAGCAAGGGGAGCAUCGGCUGACCCGACUCCCCCAUCGGAGAAGGUCCAGUCAGCCGGAGUACCAUGACCAGGGCGGUUCGUCCCUGGACCUGUCCCCGUCGGACAGCUGUGGCUCAGGGGGAACCUACAUGUGGGACGAGGAGGGCCUGGAGCCACUAGGGGGUGCCGCCACGACCGUCUCAAUCAACACCAACAGCAACACCACCCAUCACAUCGGGAGCUUCGACUCCGACCUCAACAGCAUCGACAUCUUGAACAACCUGGACUGCGAUCUGGAUGAUGAUGACCUCAUGCUGGACGCAGACGUCCUUGAAGAUGCCUCACUGCACAGCGAUGGAGACGGGAUCUCCCACAUGGCUCAGUGGAGGAUGAGACAGCUCUGCUGGGGGACGCAGGACGUCCACAAUGACAAUGAAAGUGACUUCCAGUGCUACAAGCUAACUGAGGAUCCUGGGAACAAGAGGACCGACAGCGACCUCAUUCUGGACCUCUGUCCUCCGAGGUCUCCCUUCCUGUCUCCUGGUAGUCCUGGUUUGGGUCUGGAUGUGGAGGAACUGGCUGAAGACUGUUCUGCUGUCAGAUCACAGCUGGAGUACCUGCAGAGGUUGCUGCUUCAGGAGGAGGAGGUAGACGAUGAUACUCUGACCACAGACACUCUGAGUCCUGAAGCCAACGACUCCUCCCACGGCUCCGACUCACAGGUGCAGGUUCUCCUGCAGGAGGUGCAGCAGCUCAGAGAGGAGCUGAGGAGCCGAGACCGAACCAUCGCACAACUCACCCUGCAGCUGCAGACUGUUCCCGUGACGACCACCAGGUGUCGCUGCCAGGAGAUGACGGGAAGGGUGGACCGCCACACGCAGACAAGUGCGACGGAGAGAGAGAGUGUGGCCUCGCAGACACCCUGGAGAGAGCACGCUUCACAGAUACUUCACCCCUCCAGCCAGGAAGACCAGGAACCACUAACGGACCAACGCCCAGCUCCACCGCCAACCCAAGCUCUGCCUCCAGCUGACCCCUGUUCCACCAGACCCAACAUCCCUGCUGACAACGCCACCGACGACCCCCUAACCGAGGGAGAAACGGAUUAUUUGAAACAAACCAGGAAACAGGAGGAUAAAGGAGAGACGAAAGAGAGGAGAAGAACCUACACCAGAUCCCUGCAGCUCCCACAGCCCUCCAAACUCCGCCUUUUCCUGUCUCAGACCCCCAGCUCCGGCUCUGCCGCCACCAUGCCGCCGAGGAUGGGGGCGGUCAGGCAGCCGCCUCAUGACCCAGAGAGCACUCCUGGGGUUAAGAUCAAAAUGGCGGCCUUCACCUCCAGCUCCUCCCGCCUCCCCAAGCCGAAGAGCCACUGAGGUGUCUGCCUCUUAAACCACCUCCUUAACACGCAAUGAUGUGAGCCAACAGACCACCGACGGCCCUGACGAGUCAUUCUGCUUGUGUUUAUCAGUAAUGAUUGAUCCUGAAUGCCAACCUGUGGCUGCUGCUAGAAAACUAGACUUCCUGUAUUCCUAAUUUCUGAUUAUUAUAGUCCGCGGACGAUGUGAUCGAGACGCUGAAAGCAUCACUAAAUUAUUUAAGUUGUAAAUGAGAUGAAAUAUAUAUACAGUUAACUUAUUUAUUGUUAAUAUUUUGAGCAGUCUGACUGAUAAAGGUUUCAAAACUUGGUGACACUUUAUUUUACAGGUCCUAUAGUCUCCUAAUGAUUUCCUUUAAAGACCCCAAUAUAUAACAUUAAAUCCACAGGAAUGUUCUUGGUAGAGGUGUAAUGAUACACAAAGUCUACAGUUCGGUUUGUGUCUUGGCUUCAGAGACACGAUAGCUCAUUAACUCGAUUUAGUUCUUAGGCAAAUGUCAGUAAUGCCGUCGUAAAUGUUUGCAUACAGUCUACGAAACUGCGAGUCGGCGGUGCUUGGUUUUCAGUCUGCUGCUUUUACAUAUUACAGCUAAACGGUAAAUCAAGUAAUAUCUUCAUUGAUAUUUAGCAUUUUUCUAGUUUGACAGUUUGAUCAGAUUUACUUAAUCUUGGGCAGCGAUAUUGGGAUGACCUUAGUAAUAUAACUUUUUAAAACUCUGAUACUGCAGAUGUCAUAUAGUUCAUAAAAACUCUUAUUCAAACUUCCAGCUGAGUGAAUGUUCCACAAUAGAGGUAAAUAUAUAUACAUAUAUAUAUAUAUAUAUAUAAAAGCGAGAGCACAAAUGAGUCUUCUGUUGUUGCUUUCUCCAUGACGCCUGUCUGUCACUUCCCAAUAAUUAAUUCCAGUUAAUUAAGAGUCUGUUAGCGAGUGCACAGCAGGUCAGCUGCUAAAAACUCAAAUUUGUCCAUAUGAAAAAUAAAGUUUUCAAUAAUAAAUUAUUAUUAUUACAUAAAGUACUUUAACUGGAGCAAUUACUUCAAGUUAAAUUAUCUACCAACUAAACUAAAAUAACUCUAUUUUCUCUAUAGACGAUAUUUUUUUAGAGAAACUUUGGGACCGGUAAAAUAAAGCGCUGCCAGAAACCUUUAAAAUGAUUCUUAUACAUUACGUGUUUAUUUAUUUCCUGGAGAAAACCAAUAAAAGACAUAAAAACUGAAGUGCAGAACAAAUUUAAAAGACAAUACUGGAAGCUUGUUGGUUCCUCUGUUCCUCAGCAGAUCACAUCUAAAUAUUCCAGCUCUUACUCCACGCGUGUUAGGAGGCAGUUUUACUGUUUGUGUGCCUGACUGACUGACUUCCUGUCUGACUUCGGACUGGAAGAAACUCGUCGAACCUAGCUGCUCCCCCACCCUUUCACCAGAACCUCUGCGAACAAAGAAACCAAGUCUUCCUCGCUGGGGAGGCGCCCAAACACAAUGACUUGUAUCCCAAUGACCCCCGACCCAUCCAUCUGUCCGUCUGUUCGUCUGUUCAUUUAAGAACCUGCUGCUCUGCAAAACAACACGUCUCCAAGGUCAGAAACCUCUGUUGUAGUUUUCAUCCUCUAACUGUCCACACCUGUUUGUUCUUUCUUGUCUUUACUUGUAGUCGUAUCCUUGUGAGUCCAGAGAACGAUGAUUCCUUUUUGAGUCCACCUAGAAAGACAAAUGAUUCCUUUGCUCCUGCGUGAGAUGAGAAAACUUGACCGUCCUUGUUCUUGUUGAGAGAGAACUUGAGUUGUAAAAACAAGGUGUUUUUUCUUGUUAUCUGAAGAGUCAACAUGUUGGAGGAGCAAGGUUUUUAACCAGUCUCACAGAAGCCCUCAAGGUUGGCUAAAGACUGCAGGAGGUUAAAGGUCUCAGUAUGCUUCAAACAUAGCGCUUGUCUGCAAGUACAGUUUUGAGAUACUUGAGGGACCAGUGUGUAGGAAUUAGUGGCAUCUAGUGGUGCAGCUGCAGUUUACAACCCCCUCACUUCAAUCUCCUGUUCCAAGCAUUAAGGAGAAACUACGGUCCCUAAAUAGAACUACUGUAGAAACAUGGCGUGUGUUGAUUAAAAACGUCUUAUUCUAAGGUAAGAAAACACAACAGUUCUUUUUUUCAGGUGAUUAUACACUAAAGAAAACAUACCAAUGAGUAUUAUAUUUUAUUUCUGAAAAUAGAUCCUCCUCAAUGUUACACACUGGACCUUUAAGCAUCUGCUAUAUUUAUUAGAAAACUACGAAGGGAACAGACUCAGAAUUGAGCUUGAGAGCAAGGUUUUUGAUGACUGUUUUUGAAGAGUAAGAUAACUAGUUUUCUUAAUAAAAAGUUUAUUUACAAGUACAGAUAUUGAUACAUUGCAACCCAAUGGACUGGAAAAAGGUUGGAAACUACUGUCCAGAGACUUGUUGGAGAGAGAUGAGGGAUGCACAUUGGACUGUUGGUUUGAACCAUACUGAGGCCUUAAACUAACUGUGGUGACAACUGGAAGAACAUUUAUUUCAGUCUCAACAUUCAACAGACAAGGAGCAGUUUUCUAAAGACUGAAAACUCUCUUCUGUCAGUUUAUAACAUCUUACAUCACAUUUUAGACUGAAAUAUGCAGGGUCCGUCCUCACAUUAACAUUUUGUCAGAGAAAACACCUGGUGAGACGGUAAAAGGAGCCCGUUGACAUUUACUCUCUACCUACACAACGAGUACAAUAUUAUCUCAUUUACAUCAGUGACUCUGCAGUGCUCUUCAUCCAACACUGCUUGCUUUGAUAUUAACAGUAUAUGCAAUAAAAUAUGCAACAUCAUACUGUAGGUUUAACCCCAAUAGCUGACACUCUGUCCCACCCCCGUGCCCUCGAGCAACAGUGGAGGGUGGCGAUGAAAAUAUAUGCAAACUUAGCUAAGUUUUUCCUGCAGCCGCAGAUGGUUUGUGGUCCUACAGACAAUCCUAGAAAUGUUCUUGGUCAUCUGACAGAAAUGACACAUGCUGGUAACGAGGAACACACAGAGAUCGCUGCAACCUCGGGACGCUUGAAAUAUUACUGAUGAAAUCUAAAACAACAACAGCACCAACAACAACAACAACAACAACAACAGCAGCAACAGCAAGUGUAACUAAACCCCGAAAAUCAGGUGGAAAAAGCUAACCAGCCACGAGCAGCAGCUGCCAGACUACACGCUGGAAACACAGAGAGUUCGCUGGAGCUUUUACAGUCACUAGAAACACAUUCAUGUUGUUUGUAAAAGUUUCUGUGAGCUACCUGUGUUGUAACGUUAGCUAAGCUAGCAGCUCAGAGAGGCUAACUCUCCGGUGUCAGGCUAGAGUGGUUGGUUUUAUAUCAGCAGGGGUUGGUUGGUGAUGUCACCUGCCUCUAGAUCAUCCAAUAGCAAAAUUAAAUUGCAGUAGCUGGUUUCAACCAGUAGAGGUCGCUGUGCAUUUUUAGGUCAGAAGAUGUACAAUUUAAAUACUUUGCACUAAAAUGUCCAGAUUUGUAUCUGAAUCAACCAACAACACUCGUAAACACCCUGAUACAGCGGUCAUGCAGAGAGUUUCAGCAGAAAAAGGUGGUUUGGGGUUUAGUUACUUAAAUGAUCCAUAAAAUAAUCCGACAUCGAUAAUGAAAAUGAUCAAGGUUCUGCGAGAUGAUUCCUCCAAUCAGGCGUCAGCACCUGAUUGGAUGAACACUUUUUAAAGAUUUUAAAGUGAAAUUAGCAGCUUUAUUAAUUAUUCUUAAUUAGCUUUCACAGACAUAUAAACUAAUAACUUUACUUUACUUUUCCUAUGUUCUUAUUCCCUUAAUUUCCCUCUUCUAUUCACACCACCUCUUUUACCUUCCUUCACCUUCCUUCACUUCCUUCUUUCCUUUCCUACCCUCUCCAUGGAUUCUCAACAGCCUCCUUUCUUUACCCUUCUCGUCUUUUAUCUCCUUAUCUUACUGUCCUUCAUACUUCCCCCUCUCACUUCUUUCCUAGCCUCCUCCACCGUCAGUUUUCCGUGCUGUUAAUCAGAGCUGUGUGUUAUCAGCGGCCUCCGACUGGGAGCGAACUGGGAGGAUUUGGGGGUGAAACAAGAGCAGAUUAACAGUUUCUCAACUGGAGCUUAAACUGGAUUUACCUGCUGAACGUUCUCACCCCAGAACAGACUCUGAAGACAGGCCGAUGCUUAAACCUGAAGGUCACUUCAUCUUAAAGAGAAAUAACAGUUAAUCUGCCUCCCAGCAGCCCGCCGGCCAAUUAAAAUCCUCCUCUGACAGAACAGCUGGAAGCAGCCGCUUACAUCCAUAGCAGGGAAAGUUGUCGGUUUCAAACUCAGGAUGAGUUCAGUCAGCAAAGACACGUUAUUUAUUGCUAUUUAGGUGUACCUAAUAAAGUGAUUGUUACUGACGUUGUCCCCCAGAGGGCACCGAUUUCUGCAAACACAUCUGGGUAAAAUUUCAAGUUUAGAUUUGAGAAAAUGAUGAUUAGCUAGUAAAUUACCAUAUUUUGUAACAUUGUGUGUCAGUUACACUAUGUACAUUAGCUCUCGAAUGUCCCAUUGAAAUCGAUCAAUCACAUAUCAGACAGCUGUUAUGAUAUUUUCUCUUCAUGUUGAGUCACGGCGCCGUUCUUCUACUACUGACCUGCUCUUUGGCCUCCAGCUGAGGCAAUCGGAGCUCUGUUAAUUCAUGCAAGUGUCAAAAAACCCAGCGGGGUGUCUUCAGAUCCGAAAAUCACUGCGUCUCACACACACACUGUAGACGGUUUAUAGCUGCAACAAUUUAACACAAACGUAAAAAAGAGGAAACACAAAUUCUUCUUCCCUACCUCCUCGUUAUGUCUCCUGGUUACCUUCCCUACCUCCUCAUUAUGUCUCCUGGUUUCCUUCCCUACCCCCUUUAAUACAUUCUAGCAAGUUGUUGCUCAGCUGCAAACACAGUUAAAUCAUUUCAUUUCCAUCAUUUCACAGAAAGACUCACACAGGCACAAAAUAAAACCCAUUAUCAGUUCGGUCUCAAGGUUUCACUCCGACCUUCAUGUUUCUGUGGGGUGUUUCUAAACCGUAAAAAGGUUGUAAAUGAUAGAAAACAACUCGUUAAUGGGUCCAAACUCUGAUUUCAGCUUCUCAGAUGUGAAUAUUUUCUGGUUUCUUUCAACCUCUCCGCCAAUAAACUGUGUCUUUGAGUUUUGGACAAAACAAAACAUUUGAGAACAUCACCUUGAAAAACGAUGAUCAACACUUUUCAUAAUUUUCUGACAUUUUAUGGAGCAAAUGUGAAUAUUUGCUGGUUUUUUUUCCGUCCCCUUCAGUUCUGGGAAAUAAUAACAGGCAUAUUUCACUAUUUUAACAUUUUAACUAAACAAUUAUUCCAGCAGGUAAUUGGCAGAUUAAUCAAUAAUAAAAAAAAGAUUUAAAGAAAAAGAAAUUGACGGAAAUUUCAUUUAGACACUAAAAGGUAAACAUAAGUCCCCAGUUGGAUUAAAAUAAUCAUUUUUAUAAUUUACAGGACUGAUUACUGAACUCAGAUUGUACUUUAAUCUGCUUCAUGAGAAGUUUUAUUUAAUGUUCAGAGCAUGUUUAAGUUAAUUUAUCAGCAUUAAAACAACGAUACCACAUGCAAACCAAUCAUUAAAGAGCUGCUUUUUACUUUAAUUUCGCCUGUAUUUCAAAAUAAGAGCACAGUUAUUCAGAUAACUUCAUCCUAGAUGAACAAAUCAAACCUCUGUAACAGAACCGGAUGAAUUGUUGUUGUAGUUGUUGUUGUUCAGUCACAUCCACAUGAACUGUCACACACACUGGAAACAACGGAAGAAUUCAUAUUUGAACUGAACGUCACAAACGAUGAAACAUUAAAUAAAAAGUAAUUUGUUGGAAUCUGCAGUAAAGUUGAGCUGCAGACACGUUGGCGCGCUGCUGCUGUUUCUGUUGAUUGUUGUGUCCAUUACUGACAACCCUGUGUGUGUUUUUCUGUCUAAUCCAAUCAUCAGGUUUCACCAUGUUUAGGAGUCAUAAAUGUCACUGAAAUGGCCUUUAAUAAGUUUCAGUUUUGCUCAGAAAAAGAUCAAAUAUUGUAAAUUCUCAUUUGUUUUGAUCAAACCUCAAAUAUUCAGCAAACAAAUACUGGAGUCGCUGCUUUGGGUUAAAUUCAUAGUAAUAUACAUUUCCACUGAACAUAAGUUUCUCUUUUAACAAAAAAAUGAAAUUAAUCCCAAAACACGUCUCCUUUUUUUGGAGAUAUUUCACAUUAAAAGCCGAGGCGAGGAGAAAUCAUCUCUUUAAGCUGUCAGAAUACUUUUAAUGUGGAAGUGCAGGAAGUGUUGAGACCCACUGACAGUAGCUUAACAACGAGGAAAGUAGAAGAGACUUUGGAAUAAUUAGUGAACAAAAAUGUAUACAAAAAGAUAAACAUCAAUAAAUGUAUUUGUGUAUUUAAUAAUAAUUGUAGACCUUUUUGUCCCUCCUGGUUCUCCGUCAUUAUUGGACCAGUAUGAGUGAAAAAGGCUUUAAAUAUUAUUCUGUGUGAUCAUUUGGAGAACAGAGCAGAAACCCUUAAUUAGCUGUGGAAAUGUAUGUUAUUACUUAAAUUAAAACACUACAAUUUGAUAAAAGAUAUUCAAAACUUGAGGUAAAUAAACAAUUUGAGAAUGCACAGUUUGAUGUUUUGCAGGUUUUCCACAAUAAGCUGCUUUGUUGUCGAUAAUAUUUCAAUCUCUGUAUUUACGCAUAUUUAAAUGGACGUUUAAUAUCUCCUGUUGUAUCUGAACAACCUUGAAUAAUCACAAUAAUGUCUCUACAGUGUAUCCACUCUGCUGCGUUCCUGUACUGUACACUCUGUGUGUUGUCUGGGGAAAUACUUUUAUUUUGAAAACUUGAAGGACAGGUAUUUUAUGUUGACAGACAUCCUGCCAUUUCCUCCCGAUUUUGUUGAAUUUAAUUUGUGUGCAAUAACUGCAGUGUUUUACCUCGCCGCCGCCCUAACUCUUAUUUAUGUGAUAAACUGUACAAAGUCUUACUCACUGUAAUUAUUAUUGUUAUUAUUAUUAACACUGAAUUGUAAGCUUGUAAAGCGUCUCAGUCUAAAAAUGCACUUUAAAUGAAACCAGACGAUUUGGGGGCUCGUCCAGCUCGACUCUUAAACACAAAAACAUCUCAAAUUCUGAGUUUUAGUUGUGUUUUUUUGUGUGUUUUGGGUCAUAUAACCAUCACUUUGCAUUUAUGCUGCAUUCAUGUCCAAUAAACUCACCUUGAAAAUGUUCCCACGUGACGUAAAUGCGGCGUUCUCGCACACGUUCUGCUUCUCUUUACCCACAAUCCCUCGGGUUACAGAUACCCGCUCCGUCUCUUUAAGAAUAUCAUAUCAUCAUACUUCCUGUUUACCUGCGUCAGGCCUGUGACAUCACAUCCUGUUUUGUGUGACCGAGCUUUGAUGACGCUGUUUGUUGACUCCCUGCUGCGAUUGGCUGAUAGAGCCCCUCUGUUGCUUAUUGGUUGAUAUUUACUGUCCUCUUCUGUCAUUGGCUGAGACGUCUCUGAUGCUGCUGAAAAGACGAAUGCUAAAAUAAAAAUAAUCCACAACAAAA